AUGGAAGGCGGACUUACCAAAUCCCAGAUUACCAACUGCAUUCUUUCCAUCUUUGGAAUCCUUGGAAACACGCUGACCAUUCUAGUGUUUGUCCUUGACAGACAGCUGCUGAAAACCUCCUACAACGUUUUCAUUCUUUGCCUUGCCAUAGCAGAUGUGCUUACCUCCAUUCUCCUGCUCACAAGUCCCGGCUUUGGCCUUGGUGACCUUUAUCCUCGUCCAACCAAUAUAGUUCUGGGAGAAAUCUUCUGCCGAGUUCUCUGGAGCCGAGUUUUUCUCUUUCAGCUCGUGUUUUUCUCCGUUUACAUCACAUUGCUGUUAGCAAUAGAGCGGUGGGUUGCCGUUGUAAAGCCUUCUAAAUAUCACAUGGCCUUCAGGGGAAAGAGACUUGCUGGAUACAUCGUGAUCUGUUGGAUCUGGUCAUUCAUUCUAAAUGGGAUGGUGUUAUUUGAUGCUAACUUUGAACCAAAUAAUUCACCAUCCAAUGACAUCUGCGUAUUGAGAUUUGUUUUUUCAGGCUCUUUCUCCCGCACAUUCCAACUUAUAUUCAAUAUUUUCUUCAGGAUGUUCCUUCCUUGCCUUUCCAUGAUUGGACUGUACGUACAUAUGAUCGUGACGACAAACAACUCCCCAGUUGCGUCAGCGGCGAGCAAGGCCAAACUACGAGGAAAGAUGACAAAAAUGGUCGGUAUAAUGGCUUGUAAUUUACUCAUAACUUUCCUUCCUAACCAAGUUUUUUAUUUCUUUGUGGUUACGGGAAAAGCACAAAUAGAAACUCCACUCCACCAUUUCACAGCGUUUCUCCUCUUCUCCACGAUUUGCUCUAAUCCAUUUAUUUAUGGAAUAAGCAACGCUAAUUACCGCAGGCGCUACAAGAAGCUUUUGUUACCUGAAUGUAUCAAACGGUUCUCGGAAGACAACGGUGUUGUUGCCCUGAAACCUCGGAGAGUUGCCAGAGUUGGACCUGCCAGACCAGAAUCACCUGCAAUGAAAGUAGACGAUAUUAAUGACAGUUGAGCUUAAUUGCUUUUUAUUUAAAUAAUUUGUAUUUUCCAAGCUAUUGACUAGAAUAGAAAAGAAAAGCGAAAGCAGACACUAUACUUCACCAUCACACAUGAAAUGAUCAUGCUUAUUGUGUGUAUACUGAGCUAGAGUUUAGGGGGAAAGUUUGCACAUGGGAAGUUUAGAGUGCGCAAGAGUUGCCCAAAAGUUGCUCUAGCCGCAGCAGAGAGAGCUUGUCUCCAGCUAAUUAGUUCUCUCUAAGCUUUGAAAGUUGAUUAUAACUCGAUACACAAACAACUUAAAGCAUGAACUCAUUAUUUUAUAACAUGACUACUGGCCCUUGUAAUGAACGACUAGUAACUGGCUGGUAACAAACAGGAAUGCACCCGCCGUUUUUUUAACCUUUUGGCUCAGAAAUAAGCAGAUACAGCCAGCAUUGGAUCUAUUUUUUCCCUAGCGGCAAGUAGUAUUUUGCUUUUAAUCUCCGAGACUUCUUUUCCAUGAGAGAGGACGCUACACCAGUUUUCAUGGAAUCAUCAUGGACAUAGCAAAGGUUCCCCAAUACGUUUUUCGGGAUACGGGAUUUGCCUUUAAAAAAUGAAGGUGAGAUUCGGGAUUGAAAGUAUGCACGGAAUGCCGGAAAUAACCAUGGGGAUUACUGCUACUGCUUGUGCUGCUCCUACUGUUGCUAUUACUACUGCGACUACUUCCACUUCCACUACCACUACUGCUUCUACUAUAACACUACCACUACCAUCUACCACUAGAAUUAGCACUAGCACUACUACUACCGGCGGCUGGUAUAUCGGAGGAUAAUGCCCGCGGGUGAGAGAUUGUCCGAAAAAUAAACAUUUGCCCGAGAAGCCAAGCUUCGAGGGUAAAUGCGAAAUUUGGAGGACAAUCUCUCAGCCAAGGGCAUUAUCCUCCGAUAUUCCAGCAAGCCAGAAAGAAGUUUAUUUAUUUUAUAAUUUUCUGAUUAAUGUUUUCAUCUCUAACAUGUUGGGAGAGAAAGAAAAACAAAAAGGUGAGCGCGCGUGCGAAUGACGCAAACAAGCACAUUGAUUGGUAUAUUUUCUUUAUUGAAACUGUGAUUGGACCAGGGCUUGAAAGGCUGUCAUGUCAAAUGAACUCUCGCAUCGCUCCAUAGAUCAAAACUCGAAAAACCAGCGCUUUUAGUUUAUAGUUUACCGACAGCACUGUCUGAAAACUACUCAAACAACCGUUUCUAAUGGAUAAGUAACGAGAAUUCAACCAUUCCACUAACUGCCAUUGCAAGGGCUAGAAAAGUAAUUACAAGUAUGAGACACAGCAACUGAAAAAUCUGGAGCAGUUGAGGGAUUUAAGUUUGACAUUAUUGGGCUCUUGGCAAAACCUGGAUUUAUUGCUGUGGAUGGUGGAAGCUGAGGAAAUCAUAGAAAGAAAAGGUAGAAGAAAUAAUGAGGCCCAUCUGUAAGAACAGGUUCACCUGACCGGGAUUUACUUAAGUUAAACUUAUAAAUCGCCGGAUAAUCGAAGAUGAACCCAACCUUAUUUGGUUGCGCACUUGGCCCUUGCUCUGACUCAAUAGCCCAUGAGGCCGAAGGCCUCGAGGAAUAAUUGUUAAAUAUACACCAUCUAUACAACCUAUAUCCACCGUAUAUACACACUGUAGAACCUAUAUAAACCUAUAUACACCUUAUAUAUUCAGCUAUAUACACCUUAUAUGUAACCUUUAUACACCUAUAUACACUUUAUUUACAACCUAAAUACACCUUAUAUACUACCUAUAUUCACCAAUAUACACCUUAUAUGUAACCUAUAUUCACCUAUAUACACCUUAUAUACACGUAUAUACAAUUAUAUACACCUACAUACACGUUGCAUAGAACCUAUAUACAUCUAUAUACACCUUAUCUACAACCUAUAUUCACCUUUAGUAUAUACCCACCCAGUGAUCUUGGUGAUUCAAGCAAUCUGAUUGGCUCGCCAUCUCGGACUAUGACGUUAUAUUCACCGCGCUAGGCGGUGAACAUAAAGCAAAACAAAAUCGCUGUCGUGAACUGGGUGUUUUGCAGGUUUCAGAGUAAGAGCUUUUUUGAAAUACAAGAAUAUACCAGAGUUGAUGAUUUUGAAGGUAAGAGAAGACUUCAUGGUGUGUAAGCAGCGUGAUUUUAUUGCGAAGUGAUUUACUGUAGUUGACUUUCAUACGCUCGAAGCAAUGUUUUUAUUGGCACUACAGACGAAAAGGAGGCCGCUUUGUCACUGUUUUAUGAACUCAGGAUUUCCUCGCAAGACCAAUUUUGCCUGGAAAUAGAAGUUAAUUUACGGAGAAAAAAAAGGAAAGCAAAUAUUUUCGAACACUGUACGUGCCAGCAAGUCAACAUGGCAAGGAACAAUGCACUGCAGAUAAACAACGCUCACCUCGAUCGUAGCCGCUGUUGACAGCAUUUGCAAGAAGCGACAAAAAACUAUCUCAUUCACGGUGAGUUGACAGAAGCAAAUAAAGAUCUGUGUUUCUUCUUAGAAAGGGGAGUUAUUUAAACUUUCAACGUUUCCUUUUCAAUCAUUGGCGCUAAAGUUUACAAAACAAUUAAAACCAUGAUUUGCCAUGUUUAAAAAUACUGUUGUUAUGCAUCUGCUGUUUACGCUACAUGUUCACGCAUGAAUUCACCCGUGAAUCAAACUAAUCGUUUUUUUCAUGGUUUCCUUUCUGAUUCUGUUGAGAUCACUUCGUGGGCAUAUACUAAAACAAUUAUUCACCUCAGGCUCAGUUAAUAUUGUUGAAUAAUGCCCUCGACUUCGUCUCGGGGAUUAUUCAACAAUAUUAUCUUCGCCUUCGGCGAAUAAUUGUUAAAUAUACACGUUAUAUACAACCUAUAUUCACCUAUAUGCACCUUAUUUACAACCUUAUAUACAACCUAUAUACACCAAUACACACCUUACAUUGAUUAUAUUAUAUAUACACCUAUAUACAGCUUAUACACAACUUAUAUAAAGCAAUAUACAACCUAUAUACACCCAUAUACACCUUAUAUAGAACCUAUAAACGCCUUAUAUGUGAACAGCAUUCACAUUACCAGAAUACUAGAGAGACUUCCUUGACCAUGUAAAUAAUAUGUAUGCAGAAAUCGGGGAGCAAUGAUAGGGAAAAAUUUUAAAUUAAACAACUAAGCCUGAAAAAGAGGGUGAGGGACUGAUUUUUAUCCUGUAAAUAAAAGGGUCUGUGCGACCCUGUAAAUAUUUAUCUGAUUUAUGUUAACAGUAGAUGGUUUCUUAAUACUUGUGAAUGUAGUGACCAUGUAUACAAAGUAUUACAAGUAAAGACUUGAAAAAACACCUGUUUGAUAGGAUGUGGAUGACUGUUGUAAACUCUGCUGCUGCAUUAUGUAAGUUCAUCUUAUUUAACGAAAACAAUGAAUAGAAAGAAUCAGUACUAUGAACGGAAUCAAUACCAGUAUUGUAAUCUUCAUUCACCUGCUAAUCUAAGAUCAAUGGAAGUAAGUCAAUAAUGUCGUAGUUUCCUUUGAGGUAGGAAACUGAUACUCAAAUACAUCUUUCAUCCACAAGUGGGACACAGCAGUCUUGAAUUAGAAUCAAUUGUCUCAUUUGAAAGUUCAUAAAAUAAUACGAAAUAACAUUUUGAAAGGUUUGAACCCAGGAGUCAUUUCAUAAGUAGGUUGAGUAUGAUUGUCUGGGUGAACGUAGUCCUGAAUAAGGACUGUUGUUGUUGACAGUGACUGACGUUUCGACAGCCUGUGCGGUAGUCACCUUCAGAGUCAAAGAAGAUAACCACUGCACAGGUUGUCGAAACAUCAGUCACUGUCAACAACAACAGUCCUAUUCAGGACUACAUUCACCCGGACGAUCAUACUCAACCUACUUACGAAAUAACAUCAUUUAUCAUUGUUUUCUGAUACUUAUCUAUCGAUAGUGAAUUAUCUAUUAGAUAACAGUACCCAACGUUUGAAGAACCGGCUUAGAUGGUGCUGGAAACCAUUGAAAACUAUACGUAAAAUCUUGGACAUUUUUGAGAUAGAGCAAUGUCUUUCUAGACAUUCUCAAAAAAGUCUAUUUGAAAGAAUCUUUUUUUGUCAUGUGGUUCGAUAAGCUCUGUAUUUUGUGCGUCUCAGUCGUUUGCUUCAGAUCGCAUGUACGUAUGACUAGCCAUAUUUAUGCUGCCAAGGAAAUAAGGGGCUCAGUAAUAUGAUUUAUUAUCCUCAGGGCUCCUGCUCCUGUUAUUGAUAUUGCUGUUUUAGGUAAAUUCUGUGCUGAAGUCUUUUCUUAGUGUCUUUACCCAUGCAGAAAAGAAGAUAUCAAACAAUUUCAUCUGGGAGCAUAAAACUCAUCGCAGUACUCGCAUUUAUGAGGCUUAUCUCUCCCGCGUAGUUUCGUUCGUGUCCCUUUCUAGCGAAAGGAUCACUAAAGCCCCUUCCGCAAUGGUUGUAUUCAAAAGUUUAAUUCCUGUGUGUUUUCUUUCAUGCUUCAUCCAGUCGGAAGCGCUCAUCGGUAUUGCAAAGUUCCCACGGAUAAGGGAUUUCUGUCGUGUGAACUCGCUGGUGUAUCUUUUAAUUUUUUAGAGGAACAAAAUACUUAUAACAAUGCUUGCACUUAUGAGGUUUGUCUUUCGUGUUAGCACAAGUAAGCUUUGUAAAGUUCGUGUUUCUUUCAUUGAGCAAUUUAUGAAGUAAUGUACAUAUUUUAACAUUAAUCGCCGGGGUGCAAAGAACAAUUGACACAUCACCAGAAAUUGAAAUGAUAUUAUCAAUAUUGUAAGUUAAAACUCUUGGGUAAGGGUUGAGUUCAUGAAGCAAUGUAUAUUACUUAACAUUAAUCGUCGGAGUGGGGAGACCAAAUUACACAAUAAAAAAGAAACUUCACUUUACUUUGACACUAGACGAGAGCAGUAUUACUGGCCCACAAUAGGCCAAUUUUACGAUUACGACAAUUGACUACAACUAGCAGAAUUCAUUUCGAUUUUGCUUUCUUAUUUUAAUUUGUCAAUCCCGCUGAGGUUUAAAAAACAAUUUCCUCAGUCUGCACAAGAAAACAACAAACUGAAGCAUUCUGAUAGUUAAAGUAAAAUGACGUCAUCGUGCCAUUGUCCUAUUGGUCGUCACCCUCUAUCUCGGAUUAUAUUAAUUAAACCUUUAUCAUAUUCUUAACAUAAAGCUCAGCUAUCUGUAUCAAGCCCCUGAUGACCGCUUAAUAGAUAUGAAAGUAAUAGGAGAACAUUCGUUGAGAUGGCCAAAAGCGCAGGUGACCGCGGUCGCUUAGAAAUAUAGGUUUAUUUUAUCAUUCUAUUAGUUACCGCACUCUUAAUAGGUGGCCCCUUAAUGGAGAUUCAACUAUAACAAUAAUGAAAAAAAAAAUUAAAAUAAAAUAAAUAAACACAAAGCAGCAAAGCUUUACUUUUACGUCAGCCUGGGUUUAAAAAGUAAUACAUCACUUAACACACAUUGCCGAGGUGAAAUUGCAAUCACCCUAAUGACACAAUACAAAAGAUUGAAAAGACACCUCCAACAAUUUAAAAAAAAAAAUGCCUUAAAAGGCAGAGAAUAUUUAAGAAAAGAGCGGGCGGAGAUUUUCAAGGUCUUGGAAGUCAAGAAAUCAAAUUUCGAUUUAAAGGUAAGAAUUCAACUGACGAUUCAGUUUUUUGGUUUGUUUUGAGUUGUUUGGCUAUGUUUUAAACGCUGUUUUCUGAAUCGAAUUUCUCAGCAAAUUAAGAGGAUAUUUAAUAUGCUUUUAAAACUAAAGGUGUAUUUGCUUGAUUGACUUCAAAUUUGAAGGGAAAUUAGUUUCAACACUAAAAAUAUAACAGGUUUCUUUCAAACAAGUUAAAAAGCAUUUCCCCUCUACAUUCUGUUAACUAGAAGUAGCGCAUUGUGUCUGGCUCUAAUUCAGCUGUACAUUUAUUUUGCCAUCGGUUGUUUCAACCAGUUCAUAUAUAUGGGAAAGGUAUAUAUGGCUCAUCGUAUCUUUUAUCAAAACUCGAAAUAACCCUCCUGAUUCACAUUGUUCAACUACAGUAUUGUCGUAAGAAAUAAGAGCGAAAUUCGACAAAAUUGAAAAUCGCCAAGAAAUUUCGUUGAGCCACACUCGAUCUUUUAUUGAAUCAAACGAAAUUUCGCUGCCAUCUUGGCUAAAUUUCGCAUCCACUGAAGCGAGACUUCGUUUUUCCGAAAUUACGCCUUAGCAAAAAUUCGCCCCGGCGAAUUAAUUUUAUCAAAGCGAAAAUCCGCAUUGAUUAAAUUUCAGUGGCAUUAAAAGCGAAGACAGACGGAAUGUAAAGAGAAACUUUGUUGGGACUGUUAUUUUUACUGUUAUUUUCGCUGUAAUUACAAGGAUCGCUCAAAAGAAAGUCAAUCGAAGCUGGCCGCAGAGUUCGUUGCGACAAAUUUCGCUGAGGCAGACGUUCGCUGCCAUUGCGAAAAUCGCUUUUUUAAAAAAUUCAGUUAUCCUCUCCUCCAUAGGCUAAAGGAUCUAGUUAAUUAAUAUCGUUUUGUUGAACUCUUUUUCAUAACUUAAAGCAUUUAAGGGAGAGCGCAAAGUGUGACUCGAAAACGUAUUUUUUGGACAGAAUCUCUACCAUAAUCAUGCUUGAUUUCAUGCUCCUACCCUCUCCUUUUAUCACGAUAAAAUUAACUUUUUGAUUCAAUUUUACAAUAUAAUUUUGUUUGUGACGAAAAAAAUCAACGAUAAAAAUGUAACAUGAAGUACUCAAGGACUUCAUGCUUCGUCACUUAUCGUUGAUACUUCUUUUAAAACGUACACGAAGUAUUUUACCUGCUGUUUUAAAUGUAAGUUUCGUCAUCGUGUUGCAACAUGCUGACUAACUCUUAGCAAAAAACAGCCAACAUUUCGCGGCGCAGCCAUUGGUUUUCCAGCACAGGUUUCCCUGUGUAACAAGCGCAGAAAUUCCAUACUGAAGACGUGUCACUGUGCAGAUCUACUAGUACUUCUGCCAUUGGUGGUGUUGCAAGGGAAAUUUGCUUCAACCAAUCAGAAGCACUACCCAGAUCAUGGUAGUAACACGUCAUCACUAUGGAAUUUCUGCGAUCGUUUCUCAGACGUCAUUUCGAGAGGAAACCAUUGAUGGGGACUCGAAACGUUGGCUUUUUUCUCAGGCUAACAAAACCUAAAAUCACUACAAAGACAUUUCUUAUAUCAACUGUUCACUAGACACAAUAACGUCAUCUGCACUCCAAAGAUCAAAGCAGAAAAUGGAAGGCGGACUUACCAAAUCCCAGAUUACCAACUGCAUUCUUUCCAUCUUUGGAAUCUUUGGAAACACGCUGACUAUUCUAUUGUUUGCCGGUGACAAAAAGCUGUUGAAAAAGUUCCACAACGUUUUUAUUCUUUGUCAAUUUCCGAGCCACCUUUAA